AUGAAUAGGAAUGGUAAGAAUACCACAACUAUUUUUGACUGGAGUGAAAAUAUACCAGAUUUCCUUGCAAAACUUAGAUUAUACUUGCAAAACCAAAAAGUAAAUCUAGCAGAUAAUGCUGGAGGUCCACCAACAGAAAGAGAAAAAUUAGCAAACUUACUUGAUAAUACAGGGCAGGCCAACUUAGUAGCUAUAAAUGGGAGAAUAGCAGUUCAAAUAGGAAAUCAAGCAUUAAAUGAGGCACUCGGCCAACCUGAUAAUGCAAUAGUCAAAUUAAGAGCUGUAAAAGGUUCUUGGGAUGAAGAUUGGCACAUAGCAGAUAGUCGUUCUACUAAUAUUGCUGUUAAUGUACCAAAUGCUAAUAAUAGUACUAUAGUAGUUAUAGCUAGUAUUCAUUUUGGUCAAGCCAUAUGGUGGCUAAAAACACAUUUUCCUACAGUGAAAGAGGAGCUUCAGAAUUUGCAAUAUGGAACAAUUAGAAAAGGAAAUAUGACUAUAGAUGAAUUAUAUAGAAUAUUGUUAUGA